UUUUCACGUACGUUAGCCGGCAGCUAGUGCUACUAUCCAACAUGUCGGCUACGUCUGUGUUCCCCAUGUGUGUGCGAGCGAGCCGGGGCCUGAUGAGGCUCAGGAGCGGGGCGGUGGGUGUCUCUUCCCCGGCCGUGGUGGACAUCGUCCGGACACUCUCCACGGACAAGCCGCCGGCCGGAACGGGCAGUGCGACGGGCGGACUGGCUCAGGCUAUCCUCCAGGAGAGACUCCAGCAACAGCAGCAGAGUCAGGGCCAGCCUCCUCCUGAAGGAGGCGAGGGUGACAAGGAUGGAGAAAAGGCAGAGGACAAGAAGCAGAAGGAGAACACGGCCUACGCUAAGAAGAUGGUUCUACGGCUGGCGGGGCUCAUGGGGCUCGGCGGGGCGUUCGGCGUGGUCUACAUAUUCGGCACCAAUUCAGUGGAUGAAAAAGGAAACACGAUCCCAGACAAGUUCGACAGAGAUCCUCCAGUCGUCCAACAGUUGAAAAGAACCUACAAAUACUUCAAGGACUACAGACAGAUGAUCAUCGAGCCGACGAGCCCGAAGCUGCUGCCCGACCCUCUGAAGGAGCCGUACUACCAGCCGCCCUACACUCUGGUGCUGGAGCUCACUGACGUCCUGCUGCACCCGGAGUGGUCGUUGUCGACGGGUUGGAGGUUUAAGAAGCGUCCGGGCAUCGACUACCUGUUCCAGCAGCUCACUCCGCUCUACGAGAUCGUCAUCUUCACUGCAGAGACUGGCAUGACUGCGUAUCCUCUGAUUGACAGCAUCGAUCCUCAGGGUUUCGUCAUGUAUCGCCUCUUCAGAGAUGCAACUCACUACAUGGAGGGGCAUCAUGUUAAGGACGUGUCCUGUCUGAACCGGGACACCAGUAAGGUGAUCGUGGUGGACUGUAAGCGGGAGGCGUUCAGCCUGCAGCCCUUUAACGGCAUGGCGCUGAAGAAGUGGGACGGAAACUCAGAGGACCGAACGCUCUACGACCUCGCCAACUUCCUGAAGACCAUCGCUCUGAGCGGAGUGGACGACGUUCGCUCGGUCUUGGAGAACUACGCCCUGGAGGACGACCCCAUCGAGGCCUUCAAACGCAGACAGGCUCAGCUGGCGCAGGAGGAGGAGCAGCGACUGGCCGAGCUCUCCCAGCAGAAGAAACAGGGACUCUCUCUCGGCUCCAUCGCCUCACGGUUCUGGCGCUCCAAGCAGCAGUGAGCCCCGCCCCCCUCUCACACUUCCGCGGUGAGGGGAGGGGCCAGAGGCGGGAGACCUGCGUCCUGUAGCUGAGGGUCACGAGCAACCAAUCACAUCUCAGUGGGCGGGUCUGCUGUGCUGGAACAUUGGCCGGCCUCCGCACCAAUAAGAGAGGCACUUCCUGUUUUUUGGAGGCGGGGCAUCGGCGGCCCCCUCCCUCAGUCAUCUUGGUGUCACCUGAUGCGUCUCAAGCUGCCGAUUGGGGGGGAAAAUAAGAAAGCGAGGGAGGAUCCAGGUCAGGCUGAACUGUUGAGGCUGCCCUGAGAUCUGCUAUCACCGCUCGAGGUCGGCGCCGCCACUCCCAGGAUCUGACCUCAUCAGCAGUGCUCUGUAACAUACCACACCUUCAGAAUGUGUAUUUUAUUUUAUUUUAUUUCUGUUCCUCCGUGUGUCUCAGACGUGGCGACGGGCUGCUGGAGAUGAUGUUAAAAUAAUGAAGAUUGUUUAUAAGACAAAUAAACAAUAAAUAGUAAACUUAAGACUAUAUUUAAUGUGUCAGCGUGUUGGCGGCGGCGGCGGCGGCGGUGGGCUGGAUGGGCAAACGCCACGGCUUGCAACCACAAUAAAGACUGGAAUGGCAGCUGAGCCGCGGGUGGAGGCAGGAAAUGAAGAAAUAAAGUUUCCAGUGCAUUUACACGUCAGUUUCCUUAUUGUCAAUAAAUCCCCCAAAAAAAACACCCGAACCAACGAUGUGCAUACUUUCUGACUUCCUGUCAGCUCCAAGCCCAUUGGUUCUCUCGGAAGAAUAAAAACACCUGAUACAUUGUUUCAUUUUUAAAACACCUGAUACAUUGUUUCAUUUUUAAAACACCUGAUACAUUGUUUCAUUCACUGUUUUUAUAAAGCAAACAGGAGGAAAUGGAGCUUUUGUUCGGGUCUAUUUUCAGCGGCGGAUGAAUCCACGCUUGUUGCUUUGUGGGACUGAGUGAAAAUAGAGUCCGGUGUUCGUGACAUAAAGAACGUGUAACGAGAUAAACGCCAUCCUCUACAUACAUUAUUCCUUGUGCAUGCUAUCGAGGGACUGACGGCACUCUGAGGCCUCUGGUUUUUAUUUCUGUAAGACUUUCAAUCCAGCUUCAUCCUCUGAACUCUCCUCCUCCUCUUCCUCGCUGGAGGGACGGAGCGAGUGCAGAAACGUUGACUCGGCCGCUGUCGGUCUUCAUGUGCUUGUUGAAGAUUGUGUGACUCGUCUUCAUGUCCUCAAUAAAGGCAGCAGAUCA